UAUCCUUCAAAUCUCAAUGGCAAUGGAAAAUACCGAGACAAUCGAGCGGCUUAGUCCGUUUGAUUUGCUUAUGCCUAGGACCUAUGUUAGCGCAGUCUUUGCCUUCCAGACAAUCGAGCCGAUGAUGUCCAUUUCGAAAAGACUCCAGCAUGGUCUGGAUAGUCUCUCGCAGCAGCUACCCUGGCUAUGCGGUCUUGUUCUCCCGACCACCGCUACACGAGAGUCACGGGCUAAAAUCACGACAGCCGGCCUCGAGAUCCGAUGGAAUGCAAAUGUUUCCAUACCCACGAUCAUCGAAAAAGGCACAAUAGAAGCAUCAUAUCACAAGCUGGCUGCGGACGGAAUGCCUCCUUCUGCUAUUCCUGCAGACGUAUGGCCGAUGCCUAGCAUAAUUGACGAUACCCUUUUUGAAUCAGGAGCGCCUGUUUUUGGCGCAUCCCUGUUUCAGUUUGCAGACAGUCAAGGGGUGGGGUUAUGCGUCUCUCUACAUCACAACGUGGUUGAUGCAACCGGAUUCGCAGAAGUCAUAAGACUCUGGGCUCGACAUAUUGCAGGAUUCACAAUGCACCAAUCUGAUCCUGCCCUAAGUAGAGUCGACCGACUCUCUCAGGCACUAUCUUUUUAUUCUACUAGGACCUCCGUCGAAUUGACCGACGAUCUCAUUGCUUCACAUCCGGAACACUCCCGAACGGCCCCAACACUACCAGCAGAGUUCGCGCCGUGCACCACAAAGUUAUUCAAGAUCCCAAUGAUUCGCAUCAAUGCGAUCAAGCAACAAUUGGGUAAUUUCAUGCCCACGCUACCUACUACGAACACGCUCAUAUGUGCGCUCAUCUGGUCCUCAAUCACUCGGGCCCGUAUGCGGCGUUCCUCGGUGGCUGCAGAACAAUGUAGCCAGCUAGUAAUGGCCGUAAACGGACGACGACAUAUCAGCACUGAGCUAUCAUCCCCCGACAAUCCUUACUUUGGAAAUGUUGUAGUUUUUUCACUAGCCAAGCAUCCCAUCCAUGACUUGAGCAAGUCUGGAGACAUGGAGCAACUGGCUGGAAUCUGCAAUACUAUAGCCAGAUCUCAAUCGCCUACUCGACUCAAUACUCGUUACAUUGCCGAAGUUUACAAUCUUGUGGGCGGCCUGAGCGACUAUCGAACCCUUUUCCCAGGUUGGGAUCUGUUCAAUUCGCGCGAUCUUACUAUCACAAGCUGGGCUGAUCUUGACUUGUAUGCAACAGAUUUCGGUGCCACGCUUGGAAGGCCUGAGUUUAUCAGGGUGCCUUAUGUUGAAGCAGAUGGCGUUGGUAUUAUUCUACCAAGGAAAAGAACAGCACGGGAAGAACUUGAAGUUCUCAUCAUGUUACGCAGUGAGGACAUGGAGUGUCUAGACUUCUUUGAUGGAUAGAAUGGAAUAAGGAUCUAUAGUCACAUAGGUAUGCAACUUCUAGAUUGAAGCAUCUCAACUCUAUUCAAGCUACAAAUCGUAUAAGAAUGACGGCUUCUCAAUGUGCUGACGGUGCUUGCGGAAAACAUUAUUAGCAUGCCAGCUGUGCAGUACUAGUUCAAUUUUUCAAUUUUAC